UUGAGUUCGAGUUUGGUGUGAAAUAGCAUCUGGAUGGCUUAGUUUUAGUUUUAGGUUACUUGACUCAGCCGCCAAAGAUUCAGUGGGUAAGGGUAUGUUUUAGACUCUAGGUUAAGGGUUUUAAGAUGAACGGAGGAGGAGAAAUGAUCGGCAAUGGCGCUAUUGAACGGCGUGCAAGUGCAGAACACAAGGUAAACUAGUUAACUCUUUGACGACGUUUUUAGUUUUUUUGGAACUAUGAAUAUUUCCUUCACAGAUCCAGUUAGCUUUCCAUUUAAGCUAGAUCUUUCUACAGGUACAUCAUUUCACAAAUUUUGACCAAUCCUGACAGAGUUACCCUAAAUAAAAACAAGCAACAUUUGGGGAAAAACGCCAAUUUUGCUCUUCACGAGUUCAACUAAUUAAUACCCAUGGCAGAUAAGAUUUGCCCCUUUCCUAAAAAGUAGGUCAGCCAAAGCUCCAUGCAAAGGAAAGACGAUAACGUGGGUAACAACACAGGCCAUCUGAAGAAGAAAGACAAAAGGAAGAGUGCAAGGAACACAAAGACCAAAUAGAUUUACAAAAAAAGCAAGUUCAAGUCUUGGCUAAUGUACACAGAAGCUGCUUAAUUACGUCCAAUUAGUAGAAAAAUAUACUCUGAGUGUCGCAAAUCUCCUUGCUAUCUAACCAAAAACUGGUCCAUUAAGGAGGAUUUGGUCAAAAAAACAUUAUUUUUCCCUACUAAACGGUCAUCAAUCUCCAUUGGAAUCCUAGGUUAACCUUUUUUUUUUCCCCCGUUAUUUAUUUUCAACUCUUACCACAUAACUGUUUUGAAAACAAAUCAUGUUUAGAACUUGGAGAUGGUGUAAGAUCCAGUGGAAAAAGUGAAUGGGCAGCAUGUGAAGAAAUUGAUGAAAUUUGAUAUCAGUUAAUCAUGGAUGACCACUCGAUGUUCAAGAAUUAUUAUCCUUUGGUUAUCAUUGCCAGUCAAUCAAUUGCAUUACAUUGAUCGUCCUUGAUUAUCAACUUUUGUUGAUCAAUCAACAAGGCUUUUUACAUCAUCUGUGAUUCUUUGAUUUUUGUGCAUCAAAAUGUAGUUUCAAUUUGUGUUUAUGAUAAAAGAUCCAAUUUCUUUAUCUUGAAGAUCAUCACCUUAACAAAAAGGUCCCAUGUCACUUUACAUUUUUUCAGUAAUAGAUCACAGAUGACGUUAAAAUGUGUUAAGGAAAAGUGGCACACUACAGCUCGUGUGUCACUGAUGUUCUUACUACGUUUUGACAUCUUUUGUGAUCUAUUACUAAACAGAUGUACAGCAACAUGGAAUCUACUCAUUUUAUACAAUGAACAGAAAGCACUGUGCUGACAAAUAGUUGUGGUGAAUCCUGGGGCUCAUCUUGCAAAAAAUCAUGAGUUCCAGUCCAGAACUAUUGGACAAACGCUAAAGGCUAAAUAAAUAGAAUAUUUCUGCAGAAACACAUGUUCAGAUCGAUUGAUCAACCUUUGCGUCCUACGAGACAUCUGUCAAGGGUGUGUCAACUCCAUCACUUGCUCAAAGCGAAAUAAUUACACAAGAAUUUUCAAAACUGCAAGUCUUUCAUAGUAGUGACACACAACGGCAACCCUUAUGAAGAUUUCUUCCAGUUUAGGAAUUUUCAAUUUGCCAAGAAUGUUUUUUGUUUCAGUUUCCCCAUCUCUAUAUUUUAAGAUCAUAAAACAAGAUGCAGUAGCAUGGUUCGCCGUGCCUUGAAAAGUCCUUGAAAAAGCACCAUGUUCUUGAAAAGUCCUUGAAUUUUCCACAGAAGUCCUUGAAUAUUUUUGGAAGCUCCUUGAAUGAAAAUAACUUUCAUUAAAAAAAAUGUUUGGUGCAAAGGAAUGAUUGAAAGCAGAGCAAUACACAAAAAGUUUCUUGGUGAUCAUGAAAGUGUUUUCUUAUGAUUUCCUGGCAUAGUUUAUUUUCCCUUAUUUGAAGUACCCUAGGAACAGUGUCUUAAUGAAGGAAGGUAUUGCAAUAAGCAAACCCCUUAAGCAUUUUAAUUUAAUUUAAAGGUCUUAAUUACUUAUUGGUGAAAAGAAGUCCUUGAAAAAAAUGAUUUUAGUCUUUGAAAAGUCUUUGAAAAGUCCUUGAUUUUGCCCAAAAAAUUCUCUAUGCACCGUGAGUGGAUUAAGUCUGAUAAAUUGGCUUUCCUGUUUUUAGGAUGGUGGUAUCAUUUUCUGGAGUAAAACUGAGCGUGGUAUGAAAGCUGAACUUCGCCUACAGCAUCAUCCAUUUGAUACUGAAUCCUGGGGUGUUUUGAUCAGAGAAGCACAGGUAUACAUGGUAUUAUUGUAGUGUUGAUGAUUCCACGGGAGAUGUAUGUAUCUGGGAUGUUUGUAAAGGAAAAUCAUUUCCCUUGUUUUGCCUUUGGUGGUUUAUAACCUAGGAAUAGCCUUUCCAACUCAUAAGUUCUCCUUGAAUGUUUAUUAGAGCUAGCAGCAUGGCCAAGUGGUCAGUACUUUGGAUGUUUGGUAAUUUCGAAAUCCAGCAUUAAUUUUGAGCCCUGCUCUUUUUAACCUUGGUGGUAAAUACAUAAACACAAACUCUUUUGCUCAGGGUAGCUACUGAGGUAAUAUCGUCAGUCAUAGUAAAAGAGAAUAUUGCUUUCAGAUAUUUGUGCAGCCCAUGAGCAAUGUUGAGGGUAAUUUAAAUAAAAACUUAUUUUUGUAUGGUAUCUUUCUUUAUCCACAUCAAUUUUUUUUCUUUACCUUGUACGGUAUGAAUAUCUUCUUGCUUCAAAUUUCAUUAACAAGUUGCUAAAUAAUGAUUACUUUCUUUUUACAGAAUACUCCAUUAGAAACUUCAAGAGUACUGUGUGAAAAGCUUGUGAGAAGAUUUCCUAAUGCUGGUCGUUACUGGAGAUUGUACAUUGAGCAAGAGGUUUUUAGAAAAUUUCUAGUUCAUUAAGAUAUGUUAUGUUUUUUACCAGUCUUGUUUGUCUUUCAUCCUUAAGCCCAUAGACACAAUAAACCUUUUUGGCAGUUUGAGUGGUCACAUUUGUGCACUGGUGUUACAGCAUCAAGAGUUUCCUCUUCCAGUUUAUGGUUAAUGUCAUUGCAAGGGGUCUAGUUGAGAUAAAAGGCAACAUUUUGGAUGCCACCACUGUUUUUCUCCUAAAAUGACAUCUGAGCAACGACUGCAGAAAUUCCAUACUGAUGAUGCGUCACUACUCACUACCCAGAACUUCAAGCCAUAGGAAUUCAAAUCCCAUGGAUAACAAUUUUUUGGUUCCAUGCCCAGAGAUCAUGGGAAACUAUCUGUAACAAUUUUUUACUUCUGUGAAAAUUCAUGGGAACCCACUUUUAUAUCUUUUAAUGUAACGCAACAGUUUUCUGGAAACAUGUGUUAAACUUAACAUACUUUAAAAUUAAAGAACAUCAGUGUGUACUAUUAUUUACAAAAAAACUUCAAUGUCUAUUAAAAUGUCAGAAGAAGGUCAAUUUAAGUGAUAAUUGUGUGUGCACUAAAGUGUCAAAAACUCCAGACUCCUCUUCGAUCCGUAUACUCACUUGAAAUGUUCGUUACAGAUCUUGUCUUUUCAUAAAGAGAUUUGGGCCUCAUCGUCAGUUUCAAUAGUGAAAUUGUCACUGAAAGACUACAUUCUAAUAAUGUUUUUAAACUUUAGGAGUCAUAUAUUUUUUUUGUGUCACUGGAAGCCAUAACAAACGCCGGUCUUAACUGUUAAAAUCUUUCGGGCAUGAGUCAUCAGAAAAAUGGUAAUGUUUUUUUACGAUUUCGUUUAUACACAAGCUGAGUCAUAAAGAAUUGCUGUACUAGUUAAGAACCCAAGUGAAAAAAUACUCUAUUUGGGUAUUUUUUAUCUCUCAGUCUGAAUAUAUCAGGACAUGUCAAUGGAAAAUUAUUUUUCGGUUCCAUUAUUUUAAGAUCACGGUACCAGAAAUGAUCAUUACCGUGAAUUCCUAGGGCUUGGAACUGGGUAGUGACACAUCAGUAGUAUGGAAUUUCUGCAGUCAUUUUUCAGAUGUCCUAUCGCAGGAAAACCAGUGGUGACGUCUUGAAAUGUCAGAUGUUUUCUCAGGCUACAAGUGGUCUAGUCCAUAGCACUAUCCAUUGGAUAUAAGUAUCAGGUGGAUGGUGAUCAACUCUUGAACAAUUGGAGACUGGUCUAUAAUUUUACUAAAUUCUCAUGACAUUAGUUGCAACUCGCACAAAUUUCUCACUGCACUAAUACUCUAAAUGCCACUCAAGUUUCACCAGAAGGAGUGUCAGUGAGUUGACUGACAAGGUGGAUUAUUGACAAAGAGACUUCAGGUGCAUUUGUACAACAGAACUUUAAUUUGGUCUGGAUCCUUCAAAGAGUGGUAUUAUACCGGUGACUUUUUUUAAGAAAUACUGGAGUUUUCACAGGGCCAUAGAUGACUAUGGUCUUGCUGAAACUCGAGAAUUGCUUUGGAAAAGUUAUCAGUACAGUGCCACUUUUUUACUGGUCAGGGCCCAGUUUUUCUGUAGUGUAAACUCACCUUUAACAGAUUUAAACUAUUAACAAUUCUUUGUUGCCUCAAUCCAGUCAGGUAGGCAGUUAACAGAUUAAAUGAAACUAAAAAUUCAUAUAUUCCCAUACUGGUUUGCCCUUGUGGGGGCUUAAUAAAGCGGUUUUCAGAAUAUGGUGUCUUUCAUCUCUGAACAGAGAUUGACUCUCAAACUGGUUGUGUCGUGUUUCCAUUGUGUGCAGUGUGGUUAUUUGUCUCCAGUCUCAGUUAUUUUAUUCCUAGUAAUUUUGAAGUGAAUAUUACUGCCUGCUAUUUGACAAAGUUACUGAUUAGUUGUGGGCCCUCAGAGAAGUAAUAGUUCAGUCACAAUGACUGAAUGUUGGAAUUCCGACUAGACUUCUCUGUUCCUUGCAUUACAAUCAUAUCAAGUUGGUAAUGGGACAAGCCAUGAUUGCCAUUCUUUUCUUGGGCCAUUAUAUUAUGUGUUAACAUUUUCAUUCUGCUCAUCACCACGAUGUAUUGGAGUUGGGGAAUGAGGACAGAAUUUCAGAAGGAAAAAAGCCUGUAGUUUUACAAUACAGUGUGGAACUGCUGCGAUUUCUUUCUCUUCCUGACCCUUUCCCUUCUUCCAUGGGGUAGCCGAAUGCUAGUGCUACUAAUUGCCUGUAGACAAUUACCAUCUUAUCAGAGAGUUUAAACCAUCACUUCGGUCCUCCAAAACCAGGAUUGGUGGUGAUUGGGGAUUGACUGAAAUGAUAUUUUUAAGGACUGUGUGGGUGUGGCAUGCAACGGUUCCAACAAAUAUAAAAUUCAGUUCACGUACUUGGAAUUGCACUAAAAACAAUUCCAUUUUGUUGGGUAUAACACUGUUUCAAAGGAAGAAGAGCGUGACUGAUUUCUAUAGUUUGAUAGAUCUUAACACAAAAAGAAAUCAGAAGUUUUAUUCCAAAAGUAAUUAAUUUUACUCUGUUGGUUUUAUACCAAAAAGAAAAAUUUCACUAUAGAGCUAAGCUUUAUUCAACCAGUUUAUGUGCCAAAAUGGAGGUCAUUAGAGCAGUGCUUCACGCAUGACUGUCUCUUGAGCCCUUGUUUGCUAGCUUGCAGAUGUGUUUCUUUCUGGUUUCCACAAUCAAUACCAUUUUUUUCUCAUAUCUUUUAAUUUACUUCUUGGGUCAGGAUGGGGUGUUCUCAGAAGGUGUGGAAAAUCGCCCUUUUGAAAUGACCAGUCAUUUUUGGCAAUGUCAUGUUAUCAGCAAUUAUUAGGGUAUUUCAUUCCUUGAGUAGUGCUAGAACCUGGGUAUAAUGCAACUCAUGACUUCAUUACUACCCUAUUUAAAAGAGCUCCAACAAAAUGUUGAGAAAAAAGGCGAGUUCCUGUUUCAUUUUACAGCUUAAAAAACUCCUUAAAACCUCUCUUUUCAAAACAGAAAACAAUAAUUAAGAACGAAUGGUGCAAUUGCCUAACCUCCUCCCCCUCCGGAAAUGAUAGCCUACUGGGAGCCAUUUAUCAUGGAAAAUCAAACCAUUGUGUAAUUUCUACAUUCGUUAAAGAAUGAGUUGAAGAAUUUUAUAUGAGAUCAAAUUGUUUUCCUUUGGUGAUCACUUAUUGAUUCUCAUAACCUGUUAAGAGAAAAUUGAUUUUGGCCACUUUUUGGGUUCAAAAGGUUAAGGAACAAAGGCACUUUGUAUUCAAUGGGUGGUCACAGCCCUGCUGCUAAGGACAACAAAAAAGGCCCCUCCCACAACUGUUAUUUCAACUUUUGACAUCGACCAGUCAAUGACUACACUAUCAACACAACUAAAAGAGUGCCUUAAAUUCAGUGAAGUUGCCAAGUUUGAGAGUGAUGCAUUGAAAACUAAUAACACUAUGGCUCUGCAAAGUCAGAAAAUUGUACGGAUGUUUUAAUAGUGGGGGAAGGUUUGUGCCCACAUCCUCCCUCCCCCCCCUCUCCUUGCCUCACCAUUAGAAAUUCCAUCUAUUUUGACCCUCAAACUUGGUAAGUUAUUAAAUUCUUGGGCAACUGUUCCAACAGUGUUAAUGGAUUAUUACUUACUGGUUCAAGUCAACAAUUUUCCAAAAAAAGUGGAAGGUCUAAGUUUAAUUUUGUUGAGGGUAAGAGUCACUCAAGUUAGUAGAUGAGAUUGACCCUUUCUUGUCAGUCUUUAACGUCAUUGGCUUCUCCGCAGUACGCAGCUUUUGCACUUGCCAUUUGUUUCAUGACAAUCUGAAAAAAGAUAAUGGGAAAGUACUAAUGUGCAUGUUAUCUCAAGGGCAUACUUCAUGGAGUAUGAAAAUCGUGCUUUUCAAAGGGCGCAUUCCUUUUGGACAAUCCGGAUACUGAAUACUGAUCCGAGAUCACUCAGAUCAUGGAAUGUCAAAUGAACAGAUGAAUUCUUUUUCCGGAGUAGAUUCUGGACACUUCCUUUGAUGUGCUGUGAUCUGCAGGGCAUUCACUAGGCAUCGGAGAUAGGAGAAUUCUCUGUUUACUAUGCAAAAUUCUGUGGCUAAUGUUCAGUAGCCUGUGGCUACUUUUUAUUCAGAUGUGGAGCCUCUUUCAAAAUAUUCUCCUGUAAUGUUACACCUUUCUCCUGCUACUAGAAUUAAUGAAAACCCUGGAUCUGAGUAACCUAGGAUCACUGAUCUCAAUCUGGAUGAUCCUAAAGGAAUGCAUCCAAAAACUUAAUUGUCUCUAAUUGUGUAAGGGGGUGUUCCACAGCACCUGGAACUUGAUUGGCAGGGGAAUUUUGCAGAUCUGCGAACACCAGAUGACUGUGAAAUUUAGUAAAAAGGGUUAGGAAACUGAGUGAGUCGAGAUUCAAGUCAGUUUGCCCAGUAUAAUGACUGUAAAUGGAACCUGAUUCACUCAGUUUCCUAACCCUAAUCUCUACACUUCAGAGUCAUUUGGUGUUUGGCAGUCAUUUGACAUUAUGCAAAAUACCUGUACCAUAUCUUGACAAGCCACAGUCUCCCUGGUUUUUUUUAUCUUGGAUUCUGAAAACUUUAACCUCUGAAACAAGAGCCUUAUCAGCAUGUCUCAGGUUUCACUAUCUAUCUCUUCGUUAGGAAGACGUGAUGUUUGUAGUAUGUAGAAUGAAUAUGCACUGUUUCAUUGCUUUCUUUCAGAUGAAAAAUAAGAACUAUGAACAAGUAGAAAAGGUAAUAAGACCUCUUUGAACCUAAAUUUUUGUGUUAUGAACAUUUUGUUGAAACUGGUCACCAAACACUUAAAGAAAUUUAUAAUCCAUUGUCGGGACUUGUUAUGCAAUGUCCUGUCAAAGUGUCAGAGGGUGUGAUUCGAGGGGGACUACCACAUGAAAGUGACAGGGAUGCUUAUUGUCUCGCUUUGGGGUGUAAAAAGCAGAUUUUGGUCUCCUUUAGGGUGUUUGGGAUGGAAAGUCACUAUAUUUGCCCAUUCAGGUAUCGCUCAGUUCUGUGCAUAAAGAAAUUUGAAAAAAAAGCCUGACACAGACCUCACAGAAAUCUCACUAAGGGGUCAGUUUAAGCUUUAGCCACACCCACAUUGAUCUCCCUUAGGAUUUUAAAUUGAAUUUUGUGACAAGCAUCCCCAUCACUUAUAUAUGGGAGGACAACGCCCCCGGGGGUGGGAUAACUUAAGACUCUUCCCCAGCACUGAAAGAGCUGUACACUGUCAUUAAAUGUUAACAAAUUAUUACCUUCAAAAAGGGUAUCUCUCUUCCAUGCAUUGUAGUACACUCUGAUUAAACUGCAAGUUGUGUGAAACAUUAUCAAAUUUAAAGCUUUUAUAGCUAGCGUGAAUGUGAAUAUGGAAGCCAUUUUGAAAGAAAUUGAACUGUUUUCUGAAUACUUGCCUCUGAAUUGCCCUUUGGAAGCUUAAACCCAAAGCGACAUUUGUAUUGUGCUAAUCCAAGCAUCAAAGAAAAAUCCAUUUCAAUUAUUUUUCGAUUCCCAAAAUCUCUGAGUUUAGAUGGCAUGGACAAAACCUGGAUUGGAUCAAUCCUUCCAACACUAUCCCUAACUUUUUGUCAUUAGUGACUUACACAAGGUUGAUCUGAUCCAGGUUUUUUUGACACCUGAAUUUGGAAGUCUGUAUGGGAUAUGUUGUUACUUUCUUGAGAACUUCGAAAGUCUUGAGAAUACCUUAGGAGAUCUUUGAAUUAAAAAAGUACUUCAUUAUCCCCUUCCCCAUGGGGCUUUUCAGGGAAAAAGAAAGAAACAAAUUUAAGUGGAAAAUAAGGUUAAGAAUGCCAACUGGCAGGAGGCAAACCAGUUGGCUAUUUACAAGCAUGGCCAGGGAUUUGAACUCUGGACAACUGAGAACAAAUCCAGCUAGCAGUCAGGGCGGGACUUGAAACUCAGAGCCUCCGGAUCGACUAGAUUACAAGUCUGGUACUGCUUUAACCACUCAGCCAUGCCAUGGGGGUAAAUUAAACCCCACUUUACGGACACACGAUUAAUACAGACACCUCUUUAUUACGGACAGUAAUAGCUUUGUCCCGUGGGAAAGAAAUUCCGUUACAUUUUCUCUAAAUUCAAUCUGCUUUAUACGGACACCCCGUCAAUACGCACACUUUCUAUGGCCCUCUUAUUGUCCAAAUCAACACGGUUUUACUGUAUUUUUGAGUGCCAGUUCCCAGUUUCCCUUGGGUGUGGCUUUGGACACGUCCAUUCAGAUAAGAUCAGGUCCUUGUCGAAGAGGGCUUGUGUUUUUAAAACAAAUAUAUUGCAGACCUUUCAGGGGCACCCAACGUCAGUUUUUGGAAAAUAUGUUUGUUGUAAAAUUUCUUGCUUGCCUGCCUCUCCUGUGAUUUUCAAGCAUCUAAAAAACGGUAUAAUUGCCCAUUUUUACCGCAUUUUUACCCUAAAAAGGUCACCUAGAAUUUUCAGGAGACUUUUUUCUGGCUGAAAUUUUCGAAAAGUUUUUUGAUCAGUAAGCUUUUGUUUUGGCUGGGCUGUGCUGGUGACCUCAAUAUCAGUGCUGUCAACUCUCCGGGAUAAUCUGGGAGACUCCAGAUUUGGACUGUAUCUACCAGUCUCCAGAUUAGAGUUCAAAAUCUGCCUGAUAAUUGCCCAAGUUUGCCAUUUCUUAUAGACUAGACUCUCCGACCAUAAAAUUUUAAAGAUGUUGCAUUGUUUGAGCUAUUUUACUGCUAACAUGGAACAUUCCCUCAUACACUCCACCAUCCCAUUGUAAUUUAUGCAGUAACGUGGCUUCUUAUGAACUGUUUUAUGGGGUAUAUAGAUCAGUCGGAGUCAACAAGUAUUUUUUGCAUAGUCAAAUGAAAUCAUUUUCCGUGCAAUAUGACAUCAUCUAUCAUCCCUUCCCUAUCAGUUCUCAAUAUUUGAAGGUGUGGGGGGUUGACAGCCCUGCAAUAGUUUCUGGAAAAUGGCAACUCUAGAAUAGGGAGGGUUUUGGGAAGUUUGGUCCAGUAUAGAGUAUUAGAAUAUAGGGGAGGUUAACUACGUCUGGUCAAGGCAAAAGGUUCUUGGGUCCGAGUUGUACACCCCCACCCAAGUUCAUAAAGUCCCCCCCCCCCCACCGCUGGGAGUGGGGGGUUGAGGACACAUACACUCGUAAAACCUACCUUACUAAUCUUCAACCUUUAAUUUCCUUUAAGGUAUUUUAACACUGAUCUUUUUAAUUCCAUAAAUUCCAGUUAACCGUUUUCUCCAUACAGUUAGGUAAUCAAAUGAAUCUUGGGGUUUUUCACUAUUUUGGUGCAAGAAAAAAUUUAAGAUGGAUGCAAUUCCUGUACCCGUUUAAUUUCCUUUAAUUUUAAAUGGAGUCCACACCCACCUCAUGGGGCUUUUCCACUUCUGGUAAAAUUUCUGUCUUGAUAAUGGUUAUUACUUCCAGUGAGGACCUAAAUCUUAACCAGUUCCUGUUGUUGAUUGGUUUUCAGCUUUUUCAGAAAUGUUUGAUCAAGGUGUUAAACAUAGACCUUUGGAAGUGCUACCUGUCAUACGUUAAGGAGACAAAAAGUUCUCUUCCAAACUUUAGGUAGGCUUGCCAACAUUUGUACUUUUCGGGUAAUGUUCUUCCCAACUCACAUGUGUUAACAUAGAAGUUUUAUAUGCAUUACUAACUAGACUGAAACGUUUGACAAAUACCACGCCAUGGGCAAAUAUUUUCUGUUUUAUCAAAACCAACACCAAUAAUUUGCUUAUAUUUACACACAGAAGAAAACUAUGGUGCUUAGAACAUUUUGGAACCAAGGCGUUGUUAGGGGGGACUCUCACAUAAAAUUGUCAGGGAUGCUCACUGGAAAUUACAUUUAAAGCUCUAAACAGGGCCAUUCUGGGCUUUGCUCAGGCUUUAUUUGACCCCUACAGGAGACCGUACUCCAACAAAGCGUGAUGUCAUUGCCUUUUUCUGUACCCGCAACCCUAGGUGAUACCGUUAUGGCCAGAAAUAUUGGCAUUCCAUCAUGAAUACCCUAAGUGACACCAAAGUCUGCAAUUUCUACUCCUCAGUGAUGAGGCAACAAGCAUUCCCAGAAGUUCAACUUGACAUUUACCUUGUAGGAGGGGGGGGACUCCCUUUAUUAUGAAAGAGAAGGGAUGUGUGGCAAUUGCAUUAGGGGUGUAAAUUGCAGGCUUUGGUUUCACUUAGGGUGUUCUGGACAAAAAGUCAAUAUUUUACCCAUAAAGGUAUUUCUCAGGGUUUUGUGUACUAAUAAUAAACUAAGGCGGCUGUUGUACUACAUUGAAGACAACGUUCAAUUUUAACUUUUUCGCACAGUUUGAAUCAAAAAUAAUCUGGAGGUUGCGAGUUUGAUUCCCAGGUCUGACAUUAAAUCCCUGUUUUGUUUUCUUUCCUUUCCUUGUAGCUUUAAGUAGCUUUAAAUACCAGUCCAAUUCCAGAGCACUGGUGGAAAGUGUGGGGUAAAGUGUGCUCACCAUCAGGCUCAGAUUUGUCAGUCUAUUAUGAGUGCUGUUACAUGCACCCUGUCAGCAAACCCUUUCUUUUACUUGCUUGAUUUUGGCAUACUCAAGGAAGACUCUGCCUCAUGAAUCGAUUAAGGUCUUGGUUCAGCAUGCGUGACAUGUUGCUAGGAUAUAGUUUCAAACCCAGGCUAAAUAGCCAUGCAGUUGCAGGCACAGCAGGCUCAGCUAUGAUCAUCGGUUUAUCAAUAAACGGCUGCUUGCACCCAAAUUAACCUGUUUGAAGAGAGAAAGCAAGAUUGACCAGGUCAUAAGUUUAGGCUGCAGAGACCUCAAGCUUGACGCAAUUUUAAAGGCAGAGCCUCCUUUUCUCCUCCUCGCUCAAGAAGACAAAAGGAGACUCUGCUUGCAGGUUGUAUUACAGUGCGACUGGGAAAACCAUGAAUACUUGAAAUAUUGAGGAAUGUUUAUUGUCUUACAAUCAAUCACAGCAAAGAUCAGGACGUGUGCAAGCCACAAAACCACAAACUAAUUAACGUUUUUGCGUGCGGUUCAGUUUCCUCAGGCCUGAUUGGCUUUUUUCUUGCACCACAAUAAUAUUCCCGAAAUAUUUCUGGUGUUCACGGUUUUCCCGGUUUGACUGUCUAAAAGUUACCGAGUGACGUCAAAAAAAUACUUCACCCUUGGGUUAAACUUAACUGUCAGUGUACAUAAAAACAGAGAAACUGAGAGUUUCUUUGAAGAUUUCUGUUGAUUAUCAUAUGUCUCUUUUGCAUUUUUGGCACUAGUGUGACUAGAGUGGGCAAUAGGCGUACUUAACAAUUUGUAAGCUUGAAAGUCUUACACUAUUGUUCAUACUGCAGAGAUAAGAUGCUGCAAGCAUAUGAAUUUGCCCUAGAUAAAGUUGGACUCGAUUUCAACUCAUACCAGGCAAGUGAAAUGUACUAUAUUAAGUUGACACUACCUGUAAUUAUUAAAUACUUUUAAAAAGAAAAAUUGAAGGUGGCUUUUAACAUAGAAAGUCUAAACCCAACAGACUAGGAAAAAUGUGUUUGUUCAAUGGGAGUAUGUUAUUUUGUGUCCUUUCAAUGCUCUGGCGUUAAAUGAGGCCACUGGGCACAAAUGCCUAAAACCAGUUGAAUAGAUAAAUUAUUUAUAGAUGAUCACCAAGAAGAACAUCCCAACAUAAGUAUAAUUAUGAGAUUUCAGUGUUUUGAGCUAAGCGUAAAGGUUUAGUGUGUUGAAUAUCUGUAAUUAUAUGGAGAGCUUUGUAUGGUCAGUCCAUACGGUGGUUGAUGAAACACUGACACGCCGCCCAGUCGAUGGACUACCCCAAUGGGCUAUCCCAUAUGGACUUCCUUGUGAAUAUACUAUAAUGGUACACGAGGUAACUACCAGUAAAAGUAAUAAUGAAAUAAUUUCAAAAGGUAAUCCAUUGGGGUGUAUAGACAGGGGGUCAGUUUUUUGCCAACGACUCAAUCCACAAAGCUGUCCUAUUUGAAAAAUUUUUGAAAUCCCAAAGUUGACUUUCCUUUUCUCUAACUGUGCUCAAAUUUCUCAUUGUGUUGCUCUUUCAUGAGGUAGGGACCUAAUUAAUGUUAAACUUUCAUACCCAGUCCCCUGCUCAUUUACAAGUACUUACAGGUAUUCUAGUGGCAGUUUUACUGUGAAGGUGUUUGUUAUGACUGGAUUCCACUGUUAUUUAUGUUUUUACUGCCAUCAGAGUAAAUGUCAGAAAUUACUAUCCAAAUGACUAUAAAUAAUGCUUUUCAAAUGACUCACCAUUUUUGUUUUUGGAAUGCACAGGUCUGGGUUGACUUUGUGAAUUUUCUGAAGUCGGGGUAAGAAUUAAAUAUUAAAUAAUUAAAAUUGUUGCUUUAAAUGGUAAUCAUUUCAUUUUCCAGUUUGUUAGUUAGUUAGUUUCUUUGUUUUAUUUUUUCUACGUAGUUUCGUUUUACAUCUCCUGAUAACGCUUGUCAUGAUAUGUUAUCUUUUAGUGAAGCAGUUGGAAGCUAUGCUGAAAAUAGGAAGAUCAUCACGAUAAGAAAAGUUUUUCAGGUACUGUCAGUGGAUGAAACACCCCCACCCUCCCAAAAUAAUAAGGGAUAAUUCUUUUAUAUUCAAUAUGCCUUCAGCAGUAAAAAGAGUUAUGAAUCCCCCCCAGAAAACAUGCACAAAUGACAUAUUUUACCGCCAGCCUCUAUGUAGCUUCCUCAACCUGAUGAAGAAGCACUGGAAAAAAUAAUCCCCUCUAAUUUAACAGCUGUACAAUCAUGUCACUGUGAUAUUUUUUUGCUCAUUCCAGAGAGCUGUGGUGACUCCAAUGCUUAAUUUAGAAGCUUUAUGGAGAGAAUACAAUGCUUUUGAGCAGGUGAGAGUUUUUUAGUAACUCAUUAAACUUACUAGAUACAUUAGCUGUUUGUUUGUUAGCUUUUUUUCAAGCUUUGUUGAAAACUUUUAAUUUCAGCAGGCAGUAAUGUAAGUGGGCUCAAAAAGAUAUCAUUACACAUUUUUGUUAAUGGCAAUCGUGAACAAAAUAGUCUUGGGACAAAUUUUGGAUUUGUUGGGCAUCUGUUUUGGCCCAGAAUGUAAACUACUGGGCUGCUAGUAAUUGUGUGACAACUCAUAUGCCUUGUCAGAACUGUGUGGCCUGGUCUAAAGUACAGGUCACAUUCCACAGGUCAAGAGUGCAGGUCACUGCUCCAUCAAUAAAUUACCAAACCACACAGAUUCCCCUUGAUCUAAUGGAGCAUUUGUUAAGAGAUUAUAGGGCUAGGAGACAUGUCUUUUAAUGGUAUUAACUUAUCUGUAUCAUUGGGACCUGUACUCUGACUUGAGGAAAAGUGACCCGUAUUUUAGACCUCCCGCAACUGUGGUCACAUUGUGGGUGGCUUCUUGUGAAAUGCUGUUCAUUUUGGUAUAUAAUUUUAUGGAGCCAAAAUGAAAAAAUAAGGACAAUUAUAAUAAUAAUUGUAGAACUACACACAUUUUAGGCAUUGCAGAUGAAAUGUUACCACUAGAUAUUUCCAGCAACAACAAUUUGCUAUUAUGUUCCCUACAAAUUGUUAUAUUGCAUAUUCAGAGUGUGAACAAGAUGUUGGCCAAGAAGCUGAUUGAUGACAAGACUAGAGAUUACAUGAAUGCCAGAAGAGUGGCUAAGGUAAUAUUAGAUAGACAUCAUAGUUAAAGGUAAAGAGGCAGAGAAAACUCUGAAAAGUCUUGUUUUAGAAUUAUAGGAGAGUUUUUUCAGCAACGUAAAGGUGAAAAUUAGAAGCUGCAAGAAAAGCUUUUUGUGAUGUUAUAGAAACCUGAAGCAAUACACCGAUUAAGUCAUUAACAUAUUCUACAGACUACUGUCAACGACUUACUUUAGAAAGCUGGUUUACUUACUUAGAACAAAUGCCACUGAAUUGUAGCCAAUAGUUACCAGUGCCGUACAAACGACUUAUUGACGAGAUCAAGCAGAACUAACUACGAGAGAACGACUGGAGAACUGACAAUUUGACUAACAAUAGACGACUGUUUAACUGUGACAACAGAUGUAUCAAAAUGCACCAAUUACUGAUUAGGAGUCUUCAUAACCAAUAACAUCACGGCUUAACUGGCAGACGACCAAUAACAUUGCGACGUAGUUGACCAGUCAGAUCAAUAACCAGAAUAUAAUACCAUCAACUGACUUGAUACAACUCACUUUGACUCUGGAGAUGACUACCGCACAGGUUGUCGAAACAUCAGUCCCUGUCAACAACAACAUUCCUUUUCAGGACUACGUUCACGCGGACGAUCAAACUCAACCUACUUUUGGAAGACAUUCAUUAUUAAAAUGGAACAUUUCAUCAGAGUUCAUUUGAACCAAGGAACAUUAUUUACCAAGACAGAAUUUAUUUCAGUUGUUGCCGCUCUUUCUUGUUGUGCAUGUUUUAAGAAAAAGUUUAGAAUAGUUAUACUCAUUAGUCAUUAAGUUUAUUCUUUGAUGAGCUUUGUACCAGGUACUUUACAUUGUGCAAUGUACCCAUUUUCUUAUUAUCUCAUUUCUGUUUGUCACUUUGUAAACAGCAGUAAUAGUAAUUGCCUGUCAAAGCAAAACACAAUCAGGCAUCACAGACUCAAAUUUCUUCCCUUUUUGAGUAUUUUUUGUAUUUGGUCCUAUUCCUCUGGUCAAUUUAUAAAGCUUAUCAUGGUUCAUUUAAUGGCAUAGAUUCAUUUUAGGCCAUUUCUGAAGACACCCAUUUAAACUUCCUUUUCUUGAAUCUUGCUAAUAUCUCUGACUUUGCUAAACAUUCCCAGGAGUAUGAAAUGAAAAAAUAUUGUUUCUGCAGGAGUAUGAAGCUAUGACUCGGGGACUUAUUAGAGGAAACCCUUCUGUUCCUGUUCAAGGAAGUGCAGAAGAACUGAAACAGGUAUUACUGACUUGUGACUUACUUGUAGUUUGAGUAUAAUUAAUUUUUUUUACAUUUUUAGUCUUUUUUUCAUAGUUGUUUUUCCUCACCAAUUCAUUAUAAUCUUGUAGGUUCCUUGUUCCAUAACCAUGGCCCUAUUUGGCAUAUUUUCCCUUUUUUUAUUAUUUUAUUAUUUAUUUUUAUUUAUUUAUUUAUUAUGUCAUAUUUAUGUAUUUGUUAUAAAAAGUUUUCUUUUUGUUUUGUUUUUUUGCUCUUUUUUAUAUCUAGCUACAAAUCUGGAAGAAGUAUAUUGCCUGGGAAAAAAGCAAUCCAUUAAGAACAGAGGAUACAGCCCUCCUUACUAAAAGAGGUAUGUUAUUUACCCUUCACUUUUUUUUUUCAGCCUCGUAUGUCUAUGUUCUAACCCAUGCAAAAUUACCCAAAUGUGUUGUCAUGGAAACAAAUUGAAGGCAAGGUAACAUUGCCUGGUUUUGAAUUACUUGUCCAUGAGGAAAAAUGUUUUAGAAGCUUGUCUUCCAUUUGUUGUUGUUGUUGUUAUGGUGGUUGUUGUUUUGUUGCUGUUGAUAAUUUCUUCCCAAAAAAUCUUUGAUGAGUCAACACAUUGGAUUGUGUGGCAAUAUGUAAUUAUGUUGAAUUUCCAACUAUUUGGGUGUUUUCCCCCUACAAGGUGCUAUUUAGUCAUGUAUCAGAAGAACGUAUGACCUCAUUUCGUUUAAAUGGAACAGUUUUAACUUAAUCUGAAUGGCUAUAUACACUACAUCUCACUUUUCACAACUGUGGAGUUAUUUCAUGUAAGUAUUAUAAAUUUACCUGUAGUUCCUUUUCUGUUCUAAUGACAUUCUAACUGGUCUUAUUGCAGUGAUUUAUGCUUAUGAACAGUGCCUUCAAACAAUGGGAUUUCAUCCUAAUGUGUGGUGUGAAGCUGCACUGUACCUGGAUCAAGUCAGUCAAAAAAUGAUGGAUAAAGGGGUGAGUUAGUCAGAGGGUGUGGCAAAAGAGGGCUGAUGAUGGAUAAUGGAGUGAGUUAGUUAGAGGGUGUGGCACAAGAGGGCUUAUGAUGGCUAAAGGGGUGAGUUUGUUAGAGGGUGUGGCACAAGAGGGGUUAUGAUGGAUAAAGGGGUGAGUUAGUCAGAGGGUGUGGCACAAGAGGGCUGAUGAUGGAUAAUGGAGUGAGUUAGUUAGAGGGUGUGGCACAAGAGGGCUUAUGAUGGAUAAUGGGGUGAGUUAGUCAAAGGGCGUGGCACAAGAGGGCUGAGUGAUUUACACCGCACAAUUGUGAUGAUAAAGACAAUUACUGCUUAUUAUUUUUGCACUCUUUGCAUCUUUUAUUGCAGGACAUGCAGGGAUCUAAAGUACUGAGUGAUGAAGCAGCAAACAUUUAUGAACGAGCCAUCAGUGGACUGAUGAAACACAGCAUGCUGAUUUACUUUGCAUAUGCUGAUUUUGAGGAGGUAAAAAAUGUUUUCCAACCUGUCUGUCUCUGCUCGAGAUUCAGCUGAACAUUUCAUAGGGUCAGCAAGUGAAAUCUAGUGUAUGUUGUUUCCUGCAAUGCAAACUCAAGUAUGCCCCUUUGGGUUCUCUGUAAGUUAUGUCCAAGUUAUUCACUGUUACGUAUGUUUAUUAAGUCGUUGUUGUAGUAACUGUUUUCUUUUAAAUAUAUUUACAACAUUUUCGGUAUUAGUUUAAACAAGCUUACUGUAUUUUGAAUAUACCCUCUUUGUUUGACCUAAGUCGUUUUGAGAGGUUGUUAUAUGGAUGAAAUGUGUUAGUUUUUUUAAUUAGGUAGUUUUGCAUUAAAAGCUGUUUCCAUUAUUUAUAAUUAUUAUUUUUCUUACGAAACAGGGGAGAAUGAAGUUUCAGAAGGCAAAGGAAAUAUAUGAGAAAUAUUUAGUCUUGGAGAAUAUUGAUCCAACAUUGGUAAGUUACUAUUUUUGUCAACAGGAAUUUUACCUCAGUCAAGGCAUAACAUUUGGUAAUUAUCUUGUGGUCAAAGACAGGUUUUAAAUUAAUGGCCUCUGUAUACAGUCAAACAGUAAAGCAUGUACAAAUCCCCGUCUGCUUAAGGUUGUGCAUAAAGAAACAUUAGAAUGAUUGCAGUCCACUUUUUCUCUGAGAUCUGUUGAGAUCUAAGUCACAGUGAGUGUAUAUUAGGACAAAAAUGUCCUUAGCCAAAAAAUGGACUGAGGCAUUUAACUGUAGCUGUCUUGUGCUACCGUGGUAACUUUGGAGAACAUAAGAGACUUCUCGCAGUCUUAGAAGCAUUUAUAUGUAAAACACAAAUGCCAUGAUACUGUGUUUGAGUAUGGCCUCCUUUAGGGGUCAAAUAAAGGUUAAAAAAUAUAGUUUUCACCAAGCAUCCCUGUAUCUUUCAUAUGUGAGUCGCACGCCCCUCCCCACCCCAAACCACAGAAAACGUUUUAGAAGCAAAAAUACUUUGUAAACAGGGGUUUUUGUGUUUGUUAUGAAAAAAUCUUCAUCCGGAAAUUUUAUUUACUUUUUAUUCUUUCUUUUUCUAUUUUUAAAGGCUUACAUCCAAUACAUGAAAUUUGCACGACGGGCAGAAGGCAUUAAAGAAAGCCGAGCUGUGUUCAAGAGGGCAAGAGAGGAUUCUAGAACAAAUUUUCAUGUGAGUUUCAAAAUAACUAGCAGGUGCAGGUUUCAUUUCUUGUCCAAAUUUGCAGAUGUUUAUUUGAAGAAAAUAGAAUUUUACGUCAGUAUGGGUAGUUAUCUAGAAAGGAUAUUCUAGGAUUACAACAACAUAGUUCUUUCAUCUAUCCAAUGUGUUAGGCAAAUUAAUCAUUCACUUUUUUUUUACCGUCCUUCUGUGAGUUUUGUUUUUAUCAUAUGGCAGUUAAGAGUACAUCUGAAAGAAUGUUUUUUGUGAGAAACUUUCAAAUCCGUUGUGUGUUACCUUCCAGGUUUUUAUUUCUGCUGCUCUUAUGGAAUAUUUUUGCAGUAAAGUAAGUCAUACAGUCUGGUUACUUGUAAUUCUCUGGUUAAAUGUAAAUUGAAACUGAAAAAAGUAACAGACUGAUGUGUACUGGAUUAAUUAAUAAUUAUGUCCAUGAUCAUCACUUUUUAGGACAAAGCUGUUGCAUUUAAAAUAUUUGAGCUGGGCUUGAAGGUAAGACUGGAGUCUGACAGUUUGUUGAAAUUCACAUACUUCUACCCCAGGUGCAUGUGAUACUCAAACCUUUUGUUUGUUUGUUUUUGUUUUUGUGGUUGUUGUUUUUUGUUUUGUUUUUUCUGUUCUGUGGCUGUAAAUGAGCUGAGUUUAGAAUGCGACAAUACAAAAUUAACCUGUUUUUACUUUUUGAAUCUUUCUUUGAUAGAAAUACAUGAAUGAAACAGACUAUGUGUUGGCUUAUGUAGACUAUUUGUCACAUCUAAAUGGUAAGUUAUUAGACAUGAUGUGCUGUUAAACGUACAAUUUUCCAUUGCAUGCACCAUCCAACUUUCCUCCAUGAAAAGUGUGUUAACUGUGGUCAUUGUGCUGGCUUAUGUUGACUAUUUGUCACAUCGAAAUGGUAAAAUAUUAGACCUGAUAUGUUGCUAAACAUGCAAUUUUGCAUUGCAUGCAUCAUCCAGCGUUCCUCAAUAAAAGUGUGUUAACCCCCCCUGUGGUCUUAACAAACCACCUCCAUCCUCCUUACGUUUGACAAUAACACAGAUCUCAACUUUUGUUACAGAUGACAACAACACAAGAGUGCUGUUUGAAAAGGUUCUUAGUUCCAUGCCAAAAGAAAAAGCUAGGUACCUUAAUUUACAGUGAUUUUGAGGGUUGCAUUACUAAGUAUUCCACAGGGUUUUCAAUAACAGCUGGCGGCUGGCGAAAUUUGUCGGCUAUUUCACAUGAACUUGCUGCCUAAUUUUCUUUGGAAAUUAUCCCAAAAAAGCCCAAAUUUAGUGUUCUAUUCAAACACUCUAAUUUUUGCUCCAGAAUGCUGGAAAUGCACUCUAAGAGGCCCAGAUUCCAAAAUUUUUCCAGGACCCUCCUAGUAGUACUCAGUAAGUCGUGCCUAUGCCGCGAGUUGUUUAUUUAUCCACCUACUCCAAAGCUUUUGCCACGUACUUAGAACCUUAUUGAAAACCCUUAUUCUAAGUUGUUUAAUAUGCUUUGAAAAUGUUUUUGAACAACGACAUAUUUUUUUCAGUGACGUAUGGGGAAAAUUCCUAGACUUUGAGGGCACAAGUGGUGAUUUGGCCAGCCUAGUCAAGGUGGAGAAACGAAAACUGGAAGAGUACAAAGAGGUGAAGAUUAAUUAAGCAGCUUGUUUGUAAUUUAUCAAGUUGAGUUUCAUCCUUAUCAGUAGACCACUUUUAUUUCCAAUGUGUCCUCAUUUUCUCAAAACAAAACUUUUUUGAGAGCAUUCUUUGACUGAUACUUCACUUGAUAGGCCGGGGGAGGUUUAAGGUAGGGAGGAAUUUUAAAGAAAAACAAUCUACAGACAGGAAAGUUUACAAAAAUAUUUUCUAAAACCUUCUGAUUCCCCAUACCCCAUACCCACACACCCUCUCUCGUACGACUUCCACGUAAGAAAACCCAAGAACAUUUCUUAUUUUGAGUAUUAUAUUUUGCUGUCUUUUUUCAGGAGUUAGAGGGCCUUGAAACAUCAUUACUUGUAGACAGAUAUAAGUACUUGGAUCUUUUCCCUUGCUCUCCUCUGGAGCUUAAAAUUAUGGGCUAUGUGGUGAGUCAAUUGUUGGUUUGUUCUUUAAUUGCAGGGGCACCAUGUACCUCUUCGUACUUUACUAUUAAUUUUUAUUUGCAGUUGUCCUCAUGACUAUCACUGUUUUUCAACUUAUCUUUGUGUUGUUUGUAACCAGUUUAUCUGUUAAGGUCAUAGUGCUUGUCAGAAUUCAUCAUAACAGUAACUUUUCCUACAAGUUUAAAGCCUGACUGCUUUGUCCACAGACAUCAAUAAUUUAUUGAUAGCAUUUUCAUCUUGUAGGGUUCCACAAGGCAAAGCAGUAGUAUGCCAAGUACACUCUCCUCUGGAACCAUCCCAGAUGAGCAGAGUGAAGAGAAACCAGCUAAAUUCCCUAGACCAGAUGUAUCACAGAUGACACCAUUCAAACCAACGGCUAGUGCUGGUAAAAACGUCUAACAUCAGAAUUUUUGAGUUUGUGUGUCGGUUAGAAUGGGAAUUGGACAAAGGCAUAAACAACCCAGCCAAUCUAUUCAGAACAGAAAUGGUUUUUAGAAUAUUGCCAUUCCAGAAAGUUUUUUUUUCUAUGGAAAGUGGCUUUUCAUCCAUUAGUGAUACUUUUAUCAUUUAGAUUGUCUGUCUGUCUGUCUGUCUGUCUGUCGAAAUGUUGUAACACAAUACGGGAGCAAUUUUGCUAAUAUUUAAUACUAGUAGGUGUGGAAAUCUCAUGUAUGUCACUUGACCACUGAAAGUAGCUCCUUGGCCCAGUUGUUCGAAUGCCAAUAUUAGUGGUAGUCUGCUACACAGCCGUUUUUAGUGUCGUCACUAUAUUAGUGGUUACCCAGGGUUAAAUUUUUUCUCCAUGUUUCUUUUUCUUUUGUUGAAAAGCACUUUCUUGGUUAAAUUUCUCUAUUCUUUUUGGAGGAUCUAUCAUCAAAUUAUAGACAAAAAGAAUUUAACUGAAUUUUCUUUUUAAACUUUUGUAUCUGAAUUCAAGUUUCGCACUAACCCUGGGUUAUACUAACCUUGACUCAACUAUCUGCGAAAACAAUUAUUGAAAAUUAUUGAAAUACAUUAUUUGAAAGGAAAGACCAGUGUUCAUAUCACAUGUCUAAUUACUGUACACCAGACAAAAGUGUUAUCCAUAGGGUAGAAAUUUAUUCAGAACACAUCUCAGGCCUGUUCCCUUUGCUUACUGAUUUCAGUCUACCAAGUAAUUCCAGACAUCUCCAUGACUUAUUUUCGCCAUUGCUUGUGUGUUGAUUUUUUGCAGCUGGUGUUCACUCCGUACCUGGAGGAGUCUUUCCCAUGCCUCCAGCAGCAACACAUCUUUUGACCAUGUUACCUCCCCCAUCGUGCUUUCAGGUAAAUGUGACUACUUAGUUCAGCCCUACCCCUUAACUCCCAAGCCGCGUGAUCAACAUCAGUUUUCAAUAGCAAUACACAAUCAAUUGAAAAGCUAUUGGAAUUAAUAAUUUGAUCACCAAAGUGAAAAUGCCUUGAUCUUUUCUCAAAUUCUCUCAACUAAUUAUUUAAGGUAAUGUAUGGAGAUCAGUCUGGAAAAUUUGAUGAUGAAAGGUGAUGUUACACGAGACGAUUCACAAUGACGAUUUUUAGCACAACACUUUGUUGCCAUGUUGGAACAAUGUUGAAACUUGUGAAAGGUUUGAACCGAGGAGUCAUUUCAAAAGUAGGUUGAGUUAGAUCGUCCGAGUGAACGUAGUCCUGAAUAGGACUGUUGUUGUCGACAGUGACUGACGUUUCGACAACCUCAGCGGUAGUCAUCUUCAGAGUCAAAGUGAGUUGUAUCACAUCGCACCAUUUUAAGAUGAAACAUAAAAUUGACAUCAAAUUGACUGACUGAAUCGUAGCCAACAGUUACUAGCGCCGUACAAAAGACUUAUUGACGAGAUAAAGCAAAACUAACUACGAGAGAACGACUGGAUAACUGACAAUUUGACUAACAAUAGACGACUAUUUAAUUGUGACAAUAGACGGAUCGAAACUCACCAAUUACUGAUUACGAGUCUUCAUAGCCGAUAACAGCACGGCUUAACUGACAGAUGACCAAUAACAUCGCGACGUAAUUGACCAAUCAGAUCAAUAACCAGAAUAUAAUACCAUCAACUGACGUGAUACAACUCACUUUGACUCUGAAGAUGACUACCGCACAGGGUGUCGAAAUGUCAGUCACUGUCAACAACAACAGUCCUAUUGAGGACUACGUUCACCCGGACGAUCAAACUCAACCUACUUUUGAAAUGUUGGAACUCUUUGAAACAAUGUCGCAAGAAUGUUGUAAUGCUGCGUUGUGCUAAAAAUCGUCGUUGCAAAUCGUUCCGUGUAACAUCGGUUUGAAAGGGUUAAUUUAGGGGUACAAUUUAUUAUUUAUUUUGUGGAAUGGUGCAGCUUAUGGCGGUAAAAAUCUGAACUGACCACACUAUUAGGUCAUAGGACAUUUUGAAGCAAUGGACGCUAUUGGAUAGCCAACUAAACCAUUUUUUUUUCAGUUUUGAACAAUGAGUGCAUGUUGCUGCCAGCUCUUACAGGGUUGCCAAAAACAGCAGGCGGCCGGCACAAAUCACCGCCUACGUCACAAUUUUAGCUAGCUACUCUGCUGUCCUAUUCCUCUAAAUUUUAAGUAUAAAAGAUGACAAAUUCAUCCACCUUCUUCAACAAUGACGCUGUCUUUUUCAACACUUUCCUGCCCUAACAAGUGAAAUUAAAUUAGGGCAGCCUGCGCCCCAAAUAACGAUGUUCGGGUAGCUUAAAGAGGCGUUGUCAGAUUUUUCCGAUGACCCAAGGCCACCCCCCACCCCCCCAUCACUUUUAUACAGAAAAUCCCUCUCACGCUCUGGGAGGUCAGGCCCGAACUGCAACUUACCAGUACAAUAGAAAAUGGUGGUUUGACAUGUCAGACAUAUUAUUUAUUGCUUUGGGUUUGUUUGGCCCUGUCAGUGUGUAGAAGCGUGCAUGGAAAAAUUCUUUGGGUAUUAUCCAUUAGGGAUAACUGAUUGUAAUAACCAGACUAAUAACAUUGCACUGUGAAAAUCUGACAUGACUUUUAGUAGUCCUCUUCAGAAAUACCAGUGCUACAUUAAUCAACAAAUGGACUGACAUAAUUACUUUUAUCAUGGAAAAUGUGCUCUCCUCAUCGUUGAACAUUGUCAUAUUUCAUUUGGUCAGUAAACAAAGCUCCUUAAAAUUGUAUUGACAAUAAUAUUUCUUAUAUUACUGAUUAAGACGUAUAUCUCAUAGUUUAACCUCGUAUUUAACUGAGUUAAAUAUCUUAUAUUUAGGGGCCAUUUGUGAUGAUAGAUGAGUUUAUUAAGUUAACACUUGAACGUGAAAUACCGGAACUUCCACCAUCAGGUCUGUGAGAAUGUUUAUUACCUUUUCAUCCUUCACUUCGUAAUCAUCUUUUUUUGUAUUUGUUGGUGUUGUUUUUUAGCUUUUGUUAAGUGGAAAGCCCAUAGGGUUUUUUCUUUGCAAUCUGAAGUUGUGCAUGUGUCAAUGUGUAUCAUACUUAAACAAACGUUUCAGAAUGAUCUUGAGUUACACCAUCUGGUCCCAGUUGUGCAAAAGAUGUAUAACGCUAUCUGCUGGAUAAAUCUCUAUCCACUGUACAGCCCAAUAUUGGUGUUUGUAAUACUUGUUUGUGUAGGGUAGUGAUUUAACUGGUGGAUUAAGCACUUGUAUCUAACGUUUGAACAACUGAGUAGGUCUUUCAUGCAUCAGACUUUCAUACUCCUAUUCACUUUUGAAAGAUUUAAACACUCUUACAGCCUCAGCUGGCAUAAAUUGCUGUUACAUAAAAUGAGCACAUCAACCUUUGCGUGAUAGCUCGUUUUUCUCCUUAAAAAUAUUAAAAGGGGAAACUUUCCUGUGUUAACUCUGUUUAUUUAGUCAUUUAUUAUGUUAUUAGUCAUUUUUCUGACCCCAAACUAAGCAAUUUACAGCAACUAGAAGAGAUGGUCUUGCACAUAGGCCGCACCUAUGAGUUUGAGCCUAAAAUUUAAGCAAAAAGAUGUGACUUAUAUACUAUUGUGGCGUAAUUUCAAUACUCUUGCGUUGUGUUCACAGGAUUACCAGAUUCUGAGGCACCUAUGAAUGGAGUGGAGAGUAGUGAAAGUAGCAUGGAGGUUGAGCAGAACAAGCGAGGUGUCAAACGACCAGGUGUUGACCAUGAAAGUGAUGAUGAGAGUUCAUCUGCUGCACCUCCUGUGAAUGACAUUUACAGAAGUCGACAACAGAAGAGAGUACACUAGUGGAAUCACUGGUCAUUAAUACCUCAUAAGUAACACAAUGCAGCCUUAGCAAGUGGCUACACACCCUCUAUUCUAGACUUUUGUAUAAACUCUUAAAGCCAUAAGGCGAAAAUGCCUUCUAGACCUCCUCUCCUGCCCCCACUGGCUAAUUAAAAAAGCCCAUCCCUGUUUAUAACAUUUGUUUGAACUCUAGAGAGGAAAAAUUAACUUUUUCAACAAACCAAGUACGCUAGUUCAAAAAUAGAGAAGUAGUAUGGUUUUCUUAGGGCCUGUUUACACUGGCAAUUUUUUUGCACGGUUUUUUAUGCAAUUUCAAAUCGUAGGAGUAUAACUCCUGCAGAUUUUCACGGUGAUUGUCACUACUAAAUCACUGUACUUCAGAAUGUGCCUGAAUUUCCAGUCAACUGUUCACUUUAUUACUCAACGGUAGUUAGCGAAAAGCUGCCUUAUGGUAAGAAAGUGUUUAUACGUCAGAGGCAUCUUCAGGUUGUUCAUUGGGAGAUCAGAGAAUUCCCCGUUUACUACGCAGAAUUCUCCAUUAGCCUAUAUGGCUAUUUUUCGUUCAGACGUGGAGCCUUUUUCAAAAUAUUCUCCUGUGAUGUUACACCUUUCUCCUGCUGCUGGAGUUUUUAAUGAAAACCCUGAUCUUAGAGAGGAAACCGCUGCAAUACUACACUAAUAAGAAUUAGUUUAAUACAACCACCAACAAAUCACUGUAAAAUUUCCACGAAAUUGUGUGAAAAAUUGAGGCAAAUCAUGUACUCCACACAGGUUUAAACAGAACAACUAUCUAAACUUUUCUUUUCCACGUUAAAUAGUACACUGCUUGUUUGGAAAUGAAAAAAUGGUGGGAUACACCGCAAUUAGAUUUGAGGUAUAGAAUAUUGUCCACAGAAUCCUGCUAUAACAUGGUUUAGUCCUUCCAGAGGCGCGUUCUUCUACAAAGUUUUACAAACUUAUGCCUUUUUUGAGGUUAAGGGCUCUUGCCUCUAAUCAAUUUUUUACAUUCAUCCGUCUUUAUCAAUAACUGUAAAAAGAAACAGGUCACAUUUUCUUUUUCUAACACACAGUGUCACAAUGUAUUUAUUCAUCUAGUAGAUCCUCUCCAAAUGGCUAAAUAAUCUAUUCAAAACAUGCAACAAAGUUGUAAUAAAUUUAGCUUGGUGUAAGAGACAAGUGCUCACAUUGUGGCAGUUACUUAUAGUACCUCAACUGAUAUCAGUCUUCAGAGAGAGGAUCUCUGGCCAUUACCAGCUAUCUAAAACUAACCUAAGCUUUUUUUUCUCACGGGUCUUUUAAAAUGUAAUAGGUAGAUCUCAGCAU